UCAGGAGCAGAAGUGAGAGCAUUACAAACGCUUCCAUAUAGAAAGUUCUCACAAGUACCGAGGAGUGCAACAGAAAGAUGAAUCCUAUGCACCUGGAAGCUGACUAUCAAGGCCAAGCCAAUAGGAAUAUCGGCAAUAGAUAGUGUUUUCGGAGUAGCCGUGGUUCCACACAAUAGCGUUCUGCACACAAUCCCGUAAAUAGUGAACGACCGAAUAAGACAAGAAGAAGAGCGUAUUGAAUAUGUGGGAAUGCGAACAGAUGUGGCUGAUGCGGCAGCUGCUGCUCUCGGCUGCACUUAUUGGCUGUCUUGGAUAUGCCUUUGCUUCCACGCACGACGUUUACAAUGGGGCCCGGCCGGGACAUCGAAUUGUGCAAACGCGGUAUGGUCGCUUGCACGGUAUGAUUCUACCGCUGGAUAACUUCCGUUUCCUGCGCUCGGUGGAGGUGUUCCUUGGUGUGCCCUAUGCUACGCCUCCAAUCAAACAAAAUCGUUUCAGCCCAACGCGUGCUCCUGCGCCCUGGGAGGGAAUACGCAUUUCGGAUAAGUAUAGUCCCGUGUGUCCGCAGCGAUUGCCGAAUAUCCAAAAUGAAACAGCAGCACUGGAGAAGAUGCCAAAGGGGCGGUUAGAGUAUUUGAAAAGACUGCUGCCAUUUUUAGAGAAUCAAUCCGAAGAUUGCUUAUAUCUUAACAUAUUUUCGCCUGUUAAUGCUGGCGCUAAUGAGAAGAAGCUGCCUGUCAUCGUGUUCAUACAUGGAGAGUCCUUUGAGUGGAGCAGCGGCAAUCCCUACGAUGGCAGCGUCCUUGCCAGCUAUGGAGAGGUGGUCGUAGUGACUCUUAAUUACCGACUGGGCAUACUGGGCUUCCUCAACGCGAAUCCCAGUCCGCAUGCCCACGCACGUGUCGCUAAUUAUGGGUUGAUGGAUCAGAUGGCAGCACUGCAUUGGAUACAGCAGAAUAUACAAAAGUUUGGCGGCGAUCCAAAUGUUGUUACCCUGGCGGGUCAUGGCACCGGUGCUGCCUGCAUCAAUUAUCUGAUGACAUCCCCGACAAUGGUGCGUGGACUUUUCCAUCGAGCCAUACUCAUGUCUGGUUCAGCGUAUUCGUCCUGGGCACUGGUCGAGGAUCCGGUGCUGUUUGCGAUCAAGCUGGCCAAAGAGGUGAACUGCACCAUUCCGGAAGAUUUGAACAGGCAUCAUGAGCAGAUUGUGGACUGCCUUAGGGAUGUGCCAUUGGAGGAUUUAUAUAAUGCCGAUAUUCAGGCACCCAACUUCCUAACAUCAUUCGGACCAUCGGUUGAUGGCGUUGUCAUACGACCCGGACAUUCCAAUCUUGAUAUCGAUGAUUUAAUGACGCGCAACUCGAAACGCUCAUCUUCCGAUGCCGGUGCCCAGGCAGCCGGCGGCAAUGGCGGCGGUUCCGGCGGAUUUGGCUCUGCGUUCAGCGGUGGCGCUGGCUAUUUUGGAGGCGCCGCCGCUACGACCAACAUUGGUGGACACUAUGAUGUACUCUUUGGCGUUGUUACGGGCGAAUCGAUUUGGCGCUUCAGCGCCCACGACAUACAAAAUGGCUUCGAGGGCGAAAGGCGCGAUAAAAUUAUACGAACCUAUGUGCGCAACGCUUACAAUUACCACCUCAAUGAGAUAUUUUAUACGAUUGUCAACGAGUACACGGACUGGGAUCGCACGUCGCAGCAUCCGAUUAACACACGCGAUAUGGCUGUUGCGGCGCUAUCCGAUGCUCAGUUUGUGGCGCCCAUCGUGCGUACGGGUGAUAUACUGGCAGCCAAUUCGCCACCGCCCGUCAGCUCAUCGACUCCCAACGGGGGUAGCUCGUCUGGGAAUGCGGCCGCAUCGACAUCGUCGGGGGCUUCAACACAGCCGGCGGGCCGUUGCUAUUUCUAUGUGUUCGACUACCAGACCAAAGAUGGCGACUAUCCGCAACGCAUGGGCACGGUGCAUGGUGAGGAUUUGCCGUACAUAUUCGGUGCACCGCUUGUCGAUGGCUUCAGUCACUUUCCGCAGAACUAUACCAAGUCGGAGACGGCGUUGUCAGAGGCCGUGAUGAUAUACUGGACGAAUUUUGCGCGCACUGGCAAUCCGAACGAACAUCAUCGCCAGGACUCGGUGCUGCCUGUUUCAAAGGAGCGCAAUCGCUUUCGCAGCAUCACCUGGGAAAACUAUGAUCCAUUGCAUCAAAAGUAUUUGGAAAUAGGCAUGAAGCCGCGCAUUAAGAAUCACUUUCGGGCUCACCAACUCUCGAUUUGGUUGCGUCUGAUACCCGAGCUCCAUCGCGCUGGAAUGGAGGAUGUGAUAGCCCGGCACAAUCUAUUUCGCAAUCACGACGAUAUGGAAUUGUACGAGGGACCCGUCAAGCCAGAUCCAUUUGGCCUCGCAGCCGGCACUACAACAUCCUCGUCAUCAUCGUCAUCGUCGUCGUCCCGACUGCUGCUUGUCGAUGAACAAUUGAUGAUGAAGAAGGGACGCGGCCUGAAUGCCACAGCCUAUUUAAAUGGCAUAUUGGGUGUUACCACCGUGGAGCCAAACAACAUGUUUACAACAUGUAUACCAAUUGGUGGCAACUAUACGGCAAGUGGAGGUGGCGUAUUUGCGCCAACAACACUGGCGAAUGCCUCAACGGAUACAUUGGCAUCCGGAUUCGAGGCAGCGGGAUAUGCUGCCUAUUCGACGGCGUUGAGCGUGACAAUUGCCAUCGGUUGCAGUCUCCUCAUAUUGAAUGUACUGAUAUUCGCUGGCGUCUACUAUCAGCGGGACAAGACGCGGCUGGAGGUGAAAACUCUGCAGAAGCAGUACCAACAGCGCAGCAUGCAUCAACAGGUGCCAUAUCCGCCGGAGCCCAUCAAGCAUGCCCAUUAUCAUAUGGGUCACUCGCAGAGCGCCAAUGUGAUUGUUGAUGUCGAGAGUCAUGGCCAGGAUCAGGCCGGCCAGACGGCAAUGUUGCUUCAGGCGGCUGCCGCUGCUGCCGCAGCAGCCAAUGAAGCAUCGAAGCCGCCACCGCCACAUAUAUGUGCCAACACAGGCAUGCAACAACAGCAGCAGCAGCAGCAGCAACAACAACAACAGCAAGCUAGCGGCAGUGGACAUGCACUUAAUAAUGUGGCUGUAGAUGCCACAAAAGUCGUGGAUAGCAUGCCCAAUGUUACCUACAGUACCAGCAGCAAACACCAACAGCAACAGCAGCAGCAACAGCAACAGCAACAACAACAACAACAACAUAUGCAAAUCAAGAGCUUGGGCGGCGGUGGCACACAAACAUUCGGACGUGGCGGUGGCAACAGUGGCAGCGGGAACGUACCAAGCACUUCCUCCGUUGUUGUGUCUGGCAGCAGCGUCAGCUACAAUCCUGGCCUAAUGACAUUGCCAAAGGCAAGCCAAUUGCAUCAUGCGGCAACAUUAAAUUAUGCGCGCAACACGGCUGCCUUAAAUUUGGCCGGUGGCGGCACCGCUCUCGUCGAUAGUCGCGGCAAUGUGCUGCUCACCAGCUCAGCAGCGACUGGUGGCAAUGUCGAUUGCACGAUGACGCUGCCACGCAAUCUCAAUCGCCACAAUCCAACGACAGAACUACAACAAUAUCAACAACAUCAGCAACAUCAGCAACAACAACAACAGCAGCAGGUUGGCAAACAUCAGGGAAAUGGUUCUGUUUUAACGGGCAUGCAGUCGCAUCAUAUACGUGGGCCACGCCCACCGCUGCGCACCGCCUCAUCAUCGACAACGACAACCACCAGCAGCAGCAGCAUCAUUAACUCAGCCAUGGCUGCCAAUGGACCCGCUGGCAAUAUGCUACUAGACCAGACGCCAUCGGGCGGCAGCAGCAGCAGCGGUGUCAGCAGCGCUCCCAGCUCCUCCAAGGGUCACAUGGUACAUGGUCACACACACGGCCACAUGUCGCACGCCCACGGCGAGAGUCUGGGCAUGAGCUCACCAGCCACUGCAGCCCAACAGCAGCAACAGCAACAAGUGCCACAGGCAGCUAUUGAUGAGAUGCGCGAAUUCUAUGCGCUGAAAGAGGCACAACAACAGCAGCUGAACGAUGACCCGGAUGACAGCCAGCUCAAUGCAGAACACGAUACGACAACAGCAACAACAGCAACAACAACAAGAACAACAGCAAAGGGUAAAGGAGCGGGUGAAAGAGUGGAUAACAAGCUGCAAUUGAAGAAACUCAAAUUUCGCAGCGAGUUGCAUGCUUUGGCGCUGGAGGGUGGCGAUGUGGCACGAGGCUAUUGCUCAUGCGAUGAGCAGUGGACAACCAACUCAUCGUCGUCGCCCACAUCGGUGACUAUGUCGCCCACACGGACGACAACCGGAAGUGCCAACACCAAGCCUGAUGUCGCCGGCGGCAGCAACGGAAUUGUCAAAAUGGCAGCAUUAAAACCGCGCAGCUCAGCCGCCGGCAUUCGCCUGAAGCAGCAGCAUCAUGUGCGCUUCUCGGACGAGAAGAACUUCUCUGAUUAAAAAGAGAAAGGGAAAGGGGAAGAGAAAGAGAAAGAGAGAGUACUCGUAAACUACUAGACUGCACCUAAUCUCUGUUUUGUGUAUAAGCAACAUUUUGCGUAGCGUUAAGCAAACUGGUUGGGAUUUAUAAUAUAAGACCAUAAAAUGAAAGUAAAAGUAAAAAAGUAAAUAUGCAAAUCGUAUAAACUGAAAAUAUUUAAGCGUUGUUAGACGAGAUCAUAAGCUAAGAAUGAAGAAUGUGUAGUUAAAACUUUGUAGCACUUAAGCGAUCUGUGUAAAUACAUAUACUUAAUCAAAUAGAACAAAGUGUUAGUCAAUGUCAGUGUUUAGUUACUAAUUAGAUCUGUUGUGAACUAUAUAUACACAUAUAUAUAUACAUAUAUAUAUUUAUGUGUCUGUAAGCUGCAUGGGUAUAUAAAUAGCGAUCAUUUUAUCGUUUAAGUGUAGCACACAAUUUUUUCUACCAUUCAGCAAGAGUAACUAGUUAAUAAUAAAUAAGAAAGGAAAUCGAAAAGAAA